ACAGUACUGAUUGUUCUUCUGGAAUCGGAGCGAGUGCCCUAAUUGCGGUGAUUUGGAGCCCGAGUUUCCAAGCAGUCAUUGCGAGCAAGACCAAGACGCUGGUCGUCCAAGAAGCACGGAACGAGUUGUUUGGGGAUCUAUCAGCCAUGAGUUCCUCGUCUUCAAAGAUCUUUGAGGCCAAUACUUUCACUGCUACCAAGAGAGAUGAGGGCGUCAAGCUUCAUAUCGGAGACGCCCAACCGGAUAGCCAGGCACCCAUCACCAUACCCGAACUGAUUGAGAAUGCGGCCAAGGAGGCCCCGGAUAAGGUGGCUAUGUCCGUGAAACGCGAUGGCAUUUGGAAGAGCUGGACCUAUAGCGAGUAUCAAAAAGAGGUCCGCUCGGUGGCCAAGGCCUUUAUCAAGCUCGGCCUUGAGCCUCGAAAGGCGGUGGGCAUCAUUGGCUUCAAUUCUCCGGAGUGGUUUAUCACGGAUUUGGCUGCAGUUUGUGCCAAUGGAAUCGCCACCGGGAUCUAUCCCACCAACAGCAUCGAAGCUUGCAAGUAUAUCACCAAUGACUCCAAGAUGAACAUCGUCGUGGUUGAGGAUCAGAAGCAGUUGGACAAAUUCCUGGCUGUCCGAGGAGAGCUGGACGAGCUCAAAGCUAUUGUUCAAUACAUGGGUACUCCUACGGUGGAAGGAGUUUUGAGUUGGAAGCAAUUGCUCGAAAUGGGUGACCAAGAACCGGACAAGGCUUUGAACGACAGAUUGGAAGACAUCUACGUAAAUCAGUGUUGCCAUCUGGUGUACACAUCUGGAACCACUGGCCCGCCCAAAGGGGUCAUGUUAUCUCAUGACAACGUGACGUACACGGCAUCUGUGAUGGUAGAUGGUUUUGGUUUGAGGAUUGGCCAUGAGACCAUCGUCAGUUAUUUGCCGCUCAGUCAUGUGGCUGCCAAUGUGACGGAUAUUUUCCUCAUGAUCACUCUCAAAGGAACCACCUACUUUGCGGACAAAGAUGCCUUAAAGGGGACGCUCACUAAUACCCUGAAAGAAGUCGCUCCGACGUUGUUAUUGGGCGUGCCCAGAGUUUGGGAGAAGAUCCACGACAAGAUGAUCGAGAUUGGGAAAGCCAAUUCAGGCCUGAAGAAAACCAUUGGCACAUGGGCCAAGCACCAGGGUUUCACCCAUAACCAGAACGUGAUCAACAAUAAUACCAAUGCCAAAUCUCUUCAGUACAAGUUGGCUGAGAAGCUGGUGUUCCAAAAGGUUAAAGCCGCACUGGGACUCCAGAACUGCGAAGUCUUUUAUUCUGCCGCAGCUCCUCUAGCCCCUGAUGUCAUUGAAUACUUUAUGAGUCUGGAUAUGAGGAUCAUGGAAAUCUACGGCAUGAGCGAAUGCAGUGGUCCACAAACGACGAACUUGAAGAACCAGCAACGCGUCGGGAGCAUCGGCAAAGACAUUGUCGGGUUCCACACCAAAAUCGAUCCCACAGAGGGGGAGAUCCGAUUGAAAGGCCGCAACAUUAUGAUGGGAUACCUGGGCGACGAAGAGAAGACCGAGGCCACCUUCGACCAAGACGGAUGGUUAAAGUCCGGUGACAUUGGGAGAGAAGAUCAAGAUGGAUUCUUUUUCAUCACGGGUCGCUUGAAGGAGAUCUUGAUCACGGCUGGCGGCGAGAAUGUUGCCCCAAUUCUCAUCGAAAAUGCUAUCAAGAAGCAUCUACCCGCCGUGAGCAAUGUUAUGGUGAUUGGCGAUCAACGCAAGUUCCUCUCGUGUGUCUUGACGCUGAAGGUCGAAGUGGACGCGGAGUCUAUGGAGCCUUUGAACACGUUGAUCCCCCCCGUUCUGGAAUGGUUGGAGAGCUUGGGCAGCAAGGCCAAGACCACGAUUGAGGCCGCUGAUGAUGACACGGUUCGGCGAGCCAUUCAAGAGGGCAUCAAUCGGGCCAAUGAAGAGGCCAUUUCUAACGCUCAACGCAUCCAGAAGUGGAAACUCAUCACCAAGGACUUCAGCAUUCCUGGUGGAGAGCUCGGUCCCACCAUGAAACUCAAACGCCACGCCGUCCUUGAGAACUACGGCCUUCUCAUUUCAGGCAUAUAUCGAUAAGCAGAAUAGCCAUUGCAUUCCCCUUGAACCCUUGAACCCAGUGCGUAGAAGAUGAAAUACAAAGAUCCCCGUAUCCAA